ACCAACCUCCAAAUUUUCGACAAGAAUCAUCUCACUACAACACAACACGGCUCCCCUAAACUUGAAAGGCUUCGCGAAUUAGCAGCAUGGCUUAUAACGACGAUGCUGUGUUAGCGAAGCUCUCCGCCCUCUCCGAGGCGGCAGACAGCAUCGUGACUGUAGCCCAAUGGAUCAUGUUUCAUAGGCGCCAUGCAGAUCGGACGGUUCAAUUGUGGUUCCAGCGACUGAAAGACUCUACAAGCCACAAGCGACUAAACCUCAUUUAUCUUGCUAAUGAGGUCGCGCAACAAACCAAGGCUCGUCAUAAGGAGGAUUUUGUAGUCGCUUUUUCACCUAUCAUCGCAGAAGCUGUCGCCACUGCUUACAAGGGUGCUCCUACAGAUACACAACAGAGAAUCCAACGAGUAGUUGACGUUUGGAGAGAUCGCGAUGUUUUUGAGAAGCCCAUUCUAGAAGCUAUAGAUGCUCGCAUUCAAGAAAUCAAUCAAGCUCGCGGCAGUGCCAAAGCCGGAUUUGGUGGUUCCAUUUUCGGAUCUGCUACUUCCAUUCCGGCAGAGCUAGUCCCUCUAACCACCCCCCAGCAGAAUGUCACGAAGCUACUUCUAGGCACGAAGACUUCGGUCAACGCUGCCAACCAAGAGUAUGACAAAUUGUUGGGCCCAGGAAGCACCGCCCCUUCCGCCCCUGUGUAUGCUGCUCGUCUAAGUGGAUUGCUCAAGACGUUAGCACAGGCAGAAGGAGCAGUUGAUCAGUGUGUGAAAGCCCGCCGAGAGCUUGUUGCAGCGCUUCAAAAAGUUCUCGACACCAACAGGAAUGCUUUACUUUCUGAGGAAGAUCAGCUUGAGACAUUCGUGAGGAGAAGGGCGGAGGUGGAAGAUAAGAAGACUGAGGUUGAGAAGGCAAUCAUGGCGGGACUUCCAGACGACGAGCCAUUUUUAUCAAGUAACGGCCCGAGUACCCAGCCAGACCCAGAGCCUGACAGGCCGGAGGUUGAGGAACUCACACCGCCCCCGAUUGAGCCGGAUUUUCCCGAGGAACCCGAUUCUUUAGACGAGCAGCAAUCCUUCCCAAACAUCGCCCAGGUAACCCUCUCUCCGCAGUCAGCGAAACAUGCCCUCGAGUUGCAUCCUAGUCCUACUUCCCAGUUCAAGUCAGUGUCGACGACGCUCAACGGGUCCAAGAAGCGAAAGCUUGACGAGAGUAAUGACUUUCCGGAUCUUGGGGAGGACGAUGGUAUUGACUCGGAUGUCGCCGAGAUGCUUCGCCGAGACAGUGGUUCAUAAGGGUAGCAACGGUGUUGGCCCGGCCUCAUUCCCAUGAAAAGAGGCUAGGCAGUGUAUAAUCAUAGGAACCUUUGCAUUUCCGGGGCGGGGAAGGCUUUUUGUCGCGG